AUGUGGAAAGCUAGACAUCUGUCGUUUACGGGAAGGAUGGCGUUAGCCAAGGCCGUGUUGGGGAGUCUUCCCUCUUAUUUUCUCUUGCUUUUCUCAGCUCCGAAGUGUGUUUUAAACAAACUUGAAAAGAUUCGCAGAAAUUUCAUUUGGGGAAAGACCGGUUCGGGCCAUAAAAUUAGAUGGGUUAGAUGGGCCUUCCUAGUUCAAUCCAAGCGUAAAGGUGGGUUGGGAAUGGGGGGGGGGGGGAUUAUGGAUUUUAAUCUGGCCAUGUUAACCAAAUGGUGUUGGCGGUUUAAGAAGGAUCCCAAUCACCUUUGGGCGAGGGUUGUCACGGCUAUUCACAAGACUAGAAGAGUUGAAAAGCUUAUCCCUUGUAACAAAAGUGUGCCGGGAGUAUGGAAAGAUAUAGGCAAGACGGAUGCGGAUCUUUUGAAGUUUGGCAUUAAGAUGGACGAGAAGUUGGUUGCAAAGCUCGGUGAUGGGGCAAAUAUAAAAUUCUGGAAAGACUCUUGGCUAUUGGAUCGGCCUCUCAAAGAUGCCUUUUCGGAUAUCUUCAGUUUAGCAAAGUUUAAAGAUAUUUCCGUUAAGGCGAAUGCGGUUCAGGUUGGAGAUACUUUGCAAUGGAGAUGGGACUGGAUUAGGGACCCGACUUCGGUCUCCGAGUGGAUGCAAGUCGGCGAUCUUAUGAGACUUUUGGGGCAGGUUGCUUUUAAUGGUUCUGUUGAUGUGUGGAGAUGGAGAUCCGAGGUCGGGGUUCCGUUCUCUACUAAACAAGUCCGAGGAGAUAUCUUGAAUGCCGUUUCGGGGGGGGGGGGUUUCUUUUGGAACUAUUGGGCACCGUCGAAGUGUAAUUUUCUAGCUUGGAGAGCAACUCGGGGGUUUAUAGCAUCGAAGGAAGGUCUGGUGCACCGGGGUGUGCCGUUACCGGAUACUUUGUGUGCUCGGUGUGGGUUAGAGGUAGAGACCCCGGACCAUAUUUUUCUUAACUGUUUGUGGGCCAAAAGCAUUUGGUGGAAUAUGCUAGCUUGGAUGCGGAUUAGCUUUCCAACCGAGUGCAAUAAUCUUAUGGAUCUCUUCGAUGCGAUUAAGGAGUGCCCGGGGAGCAAAGUGUGGAAACGUAUAGUCCAUGUGGUUAGUUUGGCGACGGUAUGGAGGAUUUGGGGUGCUAGAAACUCUAAAACUUUCGAAGACACUUUUAUCCCUAUUAGCAAAACGGUGGACCUUAUCAAAGAGGACGCUUUCUUUUGGAUUUCCAACAGAGCAAGACUGAAGGCUCCCUCGUGGGAGAAUUGGAAAUUUUUCAAUGUAGCCGAUCUUUUGUAA